UUCGUUUCCCUCGCCAUUGUUUUCGCCAUCGAGGUCCCUGUUUGUCUGUUCUUUACAUAUUUUGGUGUUCGUCCUUUUUCCCGAUACCUUAACGGCUCUAAUGAAAUUGCAGACGUGACGGCGAUAAUGUGGCGUAUAAUUGACUGGUGUUACAUCUUCUACGCCAUAUUUACCAUGCUAGCGACGAUUUUGUUAGCCACGCGACCAAGAUGGUACCUUUUGCAAAAUCUAAUAAGCAAUAUGCUUUACGUGUUGCCUUGGGCUAUUAUAUGCCAGCUUGUCGGCUAAUAAGGCCUGGACGUAUCACAGUUUUGUUUUUGGCGGAAGCCUUGUUUUUAGCUUCGUCGAUAUUUGCGUCGUAAAUAGCCUUUGGAUUUGGACCUUGAUGACAGGUAAAAUGAGGCUAGAGGUGUUUAGGGAUUAAACAACAGGGGGAUUAUU